AUGCUAAACAUGGAGAUUAACAGAGAACUGCAAAACCUUCCUGAGGAGUCGAGUGUAGUUUCCAUUUUUGGACUACACGUGCGUUUUAGGCCCGAUAAAUGGACGGAUAGUGAAAAUUCUAAAGAAGCCAAGGAAAAGUCUCAGCGCUAUUUAACGGAAUAUAUGGAAGAAUGCAAGAAAAAACGCGACAUCGCGAAGAACACGUUGAAAAUGAAGAAAGAGGACAUUGACGAGAACAUGCCCGGAAUUGAAAAGCGCAUUUCAAGCCUGCUUGAGAUUGAAAAAAAGCUCAUAGAGAAUGAGAAAGAAACUUAUAAUAAGGUCGGUCUGCGAGGCGGUGUAUUAGUCGAAGCGUUGAAAAGCAUUCGUAUCUUCUCUGAAACUGUUGGCAAAGAGGCAUCUGCAUAUGCACCAUUAAAGGCAUUUCUUACAAGUGGCCAGUUCGGACCGAUGUAA